UUGCGCUCAGCCGUCACAACUCAAUCUAGUUCCUCGGAGGCUGCGCUCCCGCCAGCACCGCGCCCGUUCUCUCUUCGUCUGCCUCUCCGCUCCAUUCUCCUCCAGUACCACGUCGGACUUUGAACUCGCGCCUGCUCGCCAAACUUUGCUCUCGGCGCGCAAGUCUACGCUUCGCCCUCGUGUGCUCCGACAACAAUGUGAUUCUCAAGGUGCGCCAGGCCGAAGAGCUAAGCGAACAAGAUCCGGGCCGCGCACGCAGGAUGCCAGGCAGCGGGGUCUCGACGACGGCUCUGCAGCCGAGGGUCUUGCUGGCGGCGUGCCUGAUGCUCGGCUGCUGUGCCGGCGCCUCCAGGCUGUUCCCCAUCACGUCCGCCCUGGACGUGGUCGCGGGCCUGGGCUCCGACAGGGCCAACGCGUCGGCCGCCGCGGACCACGAGGAGCAGCAGCAGCACGGCAACGGCACGAUGAGGUGCGACGACGCCAGGCUGCGGUGCGCCUACCGGACUGGCUGCGGCCGAGCGCUGCAGCACUACCUCACUCGCUGCGCCGCCGUGCUGCACGGGGACGUCGACCAGUGCCCCGAGGACUGCCAGCACGCCCUCAUCGGUCUCGCCAGCACCGACGAAGGCAAGGAGCUCAUGACGUGCUACUGCCAGCCGGACGACGUGCUGUGCAAGCUGUCGAAGCAGCGAGUGGAGAUCUGCCGCGCAAGCGUGACGACGACAAUGAAGCGGCCGAGGGUGUCCUGCCGAGUGGCCAGUUGGAUCUGCAACGCCGACGCCCUGUGCUCGACGGCGCUGCAGUACUACAACGAGAACUGCAAGCGAAUGUUCCACGGCAAGAAGUGCACCAAGCGCUGCCGCAACUCGAUCAACAUUCUGCGACGCCAGGAGAAGGCGGCCAAGCUGAACACGUGCUUCUGCGACGGCGCCGAGGACUACGACUGCAUCGCCAUCCACCGCAACAUGGACGUGCUGUGCUUCAAUAAGCCGUCCCAGCAUCACAACUACCAGGAGCAGCAGCUCGGGCCCGAGGCCGACAACGCCACCUCCGCCUACGAGUCCAGCGACCCGAGCACCAACAAGAUCCCCAACCGAGUGGCCAGCGCGUCCAACCAGAGCGCUUCCUGGACGAUACUGCUGCUGGGCCUGGUGCUGCUGCUGCGCUCCGCGGCCGGAUAAGAGGGCGUCGUCGCGACGCAGAGGCGAGAACGCGCAAGAGAGAAAGGAGCUCGACAACGCCCGGAAACAGUAUUUCGCGAGUGAACGACCAAAGAGGACUCCCUGGUUGAUAUCUACUGCGGAGACGAGAGAGAGAGAGAGAGAGAGAGACGAGGAAAGAGACGGAGAUAACUCGCUCGAUAUCUGUAAGCGAGUGACAAACGCAUCCGGCGCCCACGAGUGAACGGUGCCUGCCUGCCUGCCGCCUGCCGCCUGCCGCCUGCCGCCUGCCUUCCACUACGCCACGGAAUCCAGAGCGCAGGCCCACUUUCGUUUUUGUAAUGCAGAUCGCGCUAAAGAUAUCGUUCGACUCGAGCCGCCUUGUAGCUAUUUACAUAUAGUAAUUUAUAUCGCGCAUAGAGAACCAUUCUUUCGUAUUCUCAUACAAAUCGUACUCCGACCGAGAGAGAAGAAAAGAGCUUUCCGCCCUGUUCGCUCCACUCUUUUUCUUCAUUCUCUCUUUCGUCCUGAGUCGUCCGUCGACUUUUCGAUUACAUGUUCUUCGCGCUCUCUUUCUGUAUAUCUCGUAAGGUUUUCGUCGACCUCGUGCUCGAAUCUAUUCAAAACGUACGGCGUCAAACAGCGCACCAACAUUUUCUUAUCUUUAUUUGUUUUUGUUAUUUUAUUUUAGUUUAAUUGACUAGUUAAUGACGAGAUUAUUUUGUUCGCGCGUAUUGGAUCAUGCAAGUCUCGAGUACCCGUUGAAUAUAUUGUUGUGUACUUUCGUGAGAGAACUGCGAGGAAAUCUCGAGCACAGUCAACGUUUUCUGCGUCGAAUGAACAACGCGGCAGCAUAACUUGACACGACAAAAAGAAAAGAAGAAAAAGCGAGCAAACAACGUAGACGUUCCACUAUAUUAAUAUGUAUAUUUUGCGAGUAACUCACUGAUUUCUGUAAAGGAACCAAGACGUAAACGAAAUGAGAUUGAUCACACGGUGUAUUUAUCAAUUCGUUGAGUCAUGACAAUUGUGUUCCUAUACAUCGCCUUACCAAUUACUCCGUACGUAAAACGCACUUUGGAUCGUGAAUUCCCGUUGCCUCAAAGCAGCGACUCUCUAGUCCCGAAGCCCUGACUCGACAUUCGAAUUGAUGUUUUUCAAAGUUUAUCGCCUAUUUAAGUGCUUUUAUUAUUACGCUUUGCUUGUGAAUAAUUUAAUUUAUGUAUGUAUACGUUGGCUUUGGGAUUAGGUUGCUCCGCAAAAAGGCUUUCGAAAACUCACGAGCCAUAGUCAGCCGAUGGCCAAAUUCCGAAUCUUCUUUCGUUUACCAGCGAUGAUGCACUUUGUAUAUAUGUCCGAUAAUGAUACGUUUCCUUUGUACAUAAGAAUUAUAUAAGUUGCACGGGAUGAGAAACUAUAUAUAUAUAUAUAUAAUAUUAUAAUA